AUGGCCCAAUCGCACAACACUGAUGUGCCGAUGGGGGAGGAAGAGCUCGACGCUUCCUUCUCUGUGGAUUCUUUCUUUGCAGACGAGCCAGAAUCUCCUGCUGGUCCCUCUGCUCCUCCCCCUGCCAAGAAGUUGUGCGGCGAAGGCUCUUCCUCAGCCCCGCCGGCUUCUGCCAGUGGUCCCCGAGCCCCGUUGCCUCGCGGCAACUCGGUUCCCCCAACAUCCCAGCCCGCUGCUGCCUCGCAGCAGACGAGGUCUGCAACCGAAACAAGCAUCGCGACAGGCCCCGCGCUUUCUGUUCCUCUCAACCGCCUCCGGCGCAACCGUGAGAAUAUCGGUGUGGUUGCCGACUCUCUUGUUCGUGACACGGACUGCUUGACCACUAUUAUCUUUCCUGAUUCUGCUGAGUCGCACCGCUAUAAGAUUGUGGACCGCAUACGCCAAGGCCUUCGGGGCCGUGAUUUCGGUGGUGUGGUUCCCAAGUUUGAUCAUGCGCCAGGAGAAAUCCUGCGCCUCCCUCGUAGGUCGUAUUGCAGGCACAUCUUGCAGUGGCCUACGAAGGAUGCGGCUCUUCAUUUCCGUAACGUGCUUCCGCUCACGUACCGUGCUGAGGGUGUGUCCGCAGAGAUCAAGUUCUAUCAGGACCCCGAGCCCGAAUAUUCCGCCGCCAGGGCCGCCGGCACUACGCACCUCGUCAUCCGAAACGUCCCUAUCGGCUUUGCGAUAGCCGACAUCCUCACCCUUCUCACCAAGGACCGCCGUCCGCCGGCAAGGAGGUGGCUGAAGGAGCUCCGCCACUUCCAUAAGGCGUACGAUCCUUACGAAGACGCGUUCCUGCCUCAGCUGCACGGGAUUCCGAUCGCGGUGGAUGAUGACCCGCAAUUCCUGCAAGUCCCUGCCUUCAUUUGGCUUCCCGGGAUCCGUGAUCUGCUCAUCCUCAUUUUUUCAUCACACUCUUGCGGAGUGUGCAACAGCAACCACCGCGCCCCUGAUCACAGUGGGUUCGCGACCGCACGCAAAGGGAAGCUCAUCGGUCAGAACCCUGCUGCUCACGCUUUCAAGCAGGACCCUGGUCUCCUGUACAUAGGACUCGAGGGAGACGUCGAGGCCUGCACCUGCGGAGUGUGCUCUUUCUGCUGCGGCUGGGCGCUGGACAGUGCCAUGCAGCACCUCAAAACUUCCGCUCACCAGAGUCGUCUGCUGGAUACCGUCAAGAAGGCAGCUCCCAUUGUGGAGUUGGGGGACACCCCGGCUCACCUGUUUGUUCAGAGGGGUGCCAUCGCAAAUUUCCUGACCGAGGAGGUGUGA